GCCAAAGGAAGAAAACGCGUCAGCGGACGCCUCGAAAGUCGAAUCCCUUUCGAAUCCUUGGAGCAUUCAAUUCUCCGACCCUUUCCGUUCCACCGUCGCGUCUCGAUUCAACCAUCGAUGCAACAAGAGGAGCAGUCGCCAGUUUCAUUAGGCGUCCCCCGACCUCUUUUGUAUAGCGGCAUUUCAAACGAGAUAAAAGGGAUCGCCGUUGCAGCCCUCCAAAAUAAUUCCCAAGGAGAUCUCUCUCCUCCUCCUCCUCCUCCUCCAACCUCCUUCUCCCCUCUCUCGCACCCCCUCCUCCUCGUUCCUCGGAGACCUCCAUCUCCCUUUUCCGGAAUUCCAGAGGAGGAGGAGAAGGGAUCGGAUUCUGGCGGCUCCGAGGAUCGGCUCCUCCCCCGCUCCGAUCGAGAGUCGUGUACUCUGUCCCGGCACCGGGUACCGGACGCAAUGCCAGAUAUUCAGUUAGGAGGUCACACUGUAAGAUCUCAUGGAGCUAAAGUAGCAAGAUUCCAUAUGCAUGACUGGAUUGUACUGCUGCUACUUAUGGUUAUAGAUAUCAUAUUGAAUGUCAUAGAGCCUUUUCACCGCUUUGUGGGAGAGGACAUGUUGACAGAUCUGAGAUACCCUCUAAAAAGCAACACGGUGCCAUUUUGGGCAGUUCCGCUAAUUGCAAUUCUUUUACCUUUCGUAAUCUUUAUCGCAAUUUACAUAAAAAAGAGGAAUGUGUACGAUUUGCAUCAAGCCAUACUAGGGUUGCUGUUUUCUGUGCUUAUAACUGCCGUCCUUACGGAUGCAAUUAAGGAUGCUGUUGGUAGACCAAGGCCAGAUUUCUUUUGGCGCUGUUUUCCUGAUGGAAAGGGCGUUUAUGACAAUGUUUCUACAAGUGUUAUAUGCAAUGGGGAGAAGAGUGUGAUAAAGGAAGGACACAAGAGUUUUCCAAGUGGGCAUUCUUCAUGGUCUUUUGCAGGUCUGGGAUUUCUUGCAUGGUAUCUAUGUGGUAAACUAAGAGCUUUUGAUCGCAGGGGCCAUGUUGCAAAACUGUGCAUUGUAGUUCUUCCUCUACUUGGUGCAGCCCUUGUUGCAGUUUCUCGAGUGGAUGACUAUUGGCAUCAUUGGCAAGACGUAUUUGCUGGGGGUCUUCUAGGAUCAACCGUUGCUUCAUUUUGUUAUCUACAAUUCUUCCCUCCCCCAUAUGAUGCAGAUGGUUGGUGGCCCCAUGCACAUUUUCAGGCAUUAGCCGAUUCACACGACAGUGGGCAGGUUUCUUCUACAACAAAUGCUCAUAAUUCGAGGCCAUCAGAGAUUGAAAUAGUUUAUGAUUCAUAUGAAGGUCCUGGUGGGGUGAAUAUGAGGGACGCCAGCCCAAUACUAGGUCCUAUGGAGGCUGGCAGGAGACAUUGACUUUGUAAUCUGGAUCUCAUGCAGAAUUUCAUAGGAAAUGACAUUUUAAAAUGCGUUAGAAUAUGAUGCACUAUAUUUCCUUGUCUCAUACUUGAGCUUCCUUCACUAUAGUUAAGCUGGUAUGCGGUUUUAUUCUUCUGUAUAUGCCCGUAUAAGCUUGCCAAAAUCUCUCGCAUUCUUUUCAUGUACAUGGUUUUCUUUACUAAUAAACCUUGAAAACAUUCUGAUA